GGUUUCAGUCGCUUUUAUUAAAGAAUUGGCGAAGUUUUUGUGACUGAAAUUUUAGUAGAUAAAUAUUUACCUAAGCUAGUGCUGUCUUUAAUUUUUUUUAGGAUUUUCUAUUCGUCUUUCGCAGUGGUGAAAUAAUUGUAAAUCAAUAUAGCAAUUAUGCCGCCUCCCCCAAAGGGAAAAGCGCCAACAAAAGGUGCUAAACAAAUUUUGAUGGAGAACUCGGCUACAGUUAAUUUCUACCGAAACAUGGCAUUGGGUGCUGGUUUAUUCCACUGUGCCAUUCUUAUUGCUCUUUACUUGGACAGUAUCACAUCAUGGACUAUUGCUUUCAACUUAGUGGUGGUUUCAAUAAACACUAUUUGCUAUAAAGCCAUGAAGAGUAUCAGCCGGCCGAAAUAUUCAGACAACAGUCAGCUCAUUGAUCCUGGGCUUGAUCUCAACAUGGAAGGUGGUAUGGGAGAGCAUGUCAAAGAUGUAGUCAUCUUAUCGUCAAUCACACAUGUGCUGGCAGUUUUCUCCAAUUAUUUCUGGUUACUGCUACUAUUCAUACCUCUGAGAGCUUUUUGGCUGCUAUGGAAGAACAUAUUAGGGCCUUGGUUUUUCCAAGAAGCCCCUGAAGACACGGAGCAAGACGAGAAGAAAAGGAAAAAAAUGGAAAGGAAAAUGAAAAGAUAUCAACAGUAAUUUUAAAUGUACUUUUAAGAUUGAACAAGUCUUUUCAACAUUGUCCAUAUGUUACUAGUUAAACAAAGUUUUGUGUGCUAACAUUGUUACUGGGUACACUGAAUCUAUAAUGGUAGCCAUACACACUACGAGAAAUCGUU